AUGCGGGGACGCGCGUCGCCAGUCCCCUUCGUACCGGCUGUGCGAGAGGCCGUUUUCACGCUGGCGUUGUUCGUAAUUCCACUCGGCCCGUGGGCUGAGGAGCAGGUGGUGCCGGACGGGAUGGGCUCAGAUGUGGAGCCCCCGACCGGCCCGCACCUGCUCUCCCUAGCAGACGUGAGCGCACUAGGAUUCGACUGUCCGCUGAAACCGGUGCCUAUGCCAAUAGCCGGUCCCGGAGCGCCGACCGACCUGAAUACACCCGUCACAACUUCGGACCUACCUGCUUUCUUCCCGACGCUGUUGGAUCCGCCGUCAAUAUCAGGUACACUACCAGGCGAUGAAUUAUCUCUGGGGUGUUCACCACGACGGCAUAAGCAUGAAGCUUCCUUAUCUCCCGGUGCACGCGCGGAGGACGCAAGUAACGCGUCAAGCGCGAGCACGUCGUUGUAUGGUCCUCCAACCGGCAAUGCCGGCAAGAGAGCGCCAUCGCCGCCUUUGCAGUGGCUACUGCCACCGGGUCCAGGUCCCGGCAGCGUCGACAAGUACUUCCAACAGGAAUAUGAGGAACGCGUCGAGUUACUUCCUCCUGAGUGCCAGACUUACUGCCCUCCUACACAAGCCUGCGGGCCGCCGCAACACUGCGAGUACCGCCCACCGCCGCAACCUCAGCCCCAACAUUCAUGGGACACACAACAGUAUGAAACAGCACCGCAGCCUACUCCUGGACCUUCGGGUUUACCUAAACGAGAACCGUACCCGAGCCCGGCUGGCCCCAGCGACAGGCCCGUCCAACUCGCUGAGUACAACCCGUCCACCAGUAAAGGUCAUGAAAUACUAUCUCAAGUAUAUCAACAAAGUGCCCAACCAUUAAGGCUCGUGGCAGUCAAGCCACGCAAGUACCCUAACAGACCGAGUAAAACUCCUGUCCACGAGCGUCCAUAUGCGUGUCCCGUGGAGGGUUGCGACCGUCGGUUCUCACGAUCGGACGAGUUGACGCGACAUAUUCGCAUUCACACAGGGCAGAAGCCGUUCCAGUGCCGAAUCUGCAUGCGUUCGUUUAGUAGAUCGGACCAUCUCACGACGCAUGUGCGUACGCACACGGGUGAGAAACCUUUCGCGUGUGAUGUGUGUGGGCGCAAGUUCGCGCGUUCGGACGAGAAGAAGCGACACGCGAAGGUGCACUUGAAGCAGCGGCUGAAGCGAGAACGCGGCGGCGGUGGGCCAGCUCAUCACCACGAGCCGCACCCGCACUCGUCGCUCUAG